ACUUUCAUAAGCACGUCACGUCAUCUGCAACAUUCAUAAAACAAAGACGAGAGUCACGAGACACAUUAAUCGGAGCACCCGGAGGAACCUGAAAGCCCGACGGCGUCUAUCCACGACAAUAUUCUCGUUCUCCGAAAUUGAAGCUGAAAUUGUGUUGCUUGAUCGUGAAAGUUUGAAUUUUCCGGGAAUCGGAAAGUUUGGUUCUGUGAUUUUUGUGGAAAAUGAGCUCAGAGAGACGACAAUGAACAAGUCGAGAAAGGUAGGGAAGUAUGAGGUGGGGCGGAUGGUUGGCGAAGGGACAUUCGGCAAGGUUAAGUUUGCGAGGAACUGCGAGACCGGCGAAAGCGUGGCCAUGAAGAUUUUGGCCAAAAGCACCAUUCUCAAGCACAGAAUGGUUGAUCAGAUUAAAAGAGAGAUAUCAAUAAUGAAGAUUGUCAGGCAUCCUAAUAUAGUAAGGCUGCAUGAGGUUUUGGCUGGUCGAGCGAAGAUAUUUAUAAUUCUCGAGUUUGUAACUGGAGGAGAAUUGUUUGAUAAAAUUGUUCACCGAGGAAAGCUUCCUGAAAAUGAAUCCAGGAAAUACUUUCAACAGCUUGUGGAUGCAGUUGCCCACUGUCACAGUAAGGGUGUGUACCACAGAGACCUGAAGCCCGAAAAUCUUCUCCUUGAUGCUUAUGGAAAUUUGAAGGUUUCUGAUUUUGGACUAAGUGCAUUGCCCCUGCAAGAGGGGGACGGUCUUCUUCGCACCACAUGUGGAACCCCAAACUAUGUUGCUCCUGAGGUGCUCGGCGAUCAGGGUUACGAUGGAGCUGCUGCUGAUAUUUGGUCAUGUGGGGUCAUCCUGUAUGUUCUGAUGGCUGGAUACCUCCCAUUUGAUGAGACAAAUCUAUAUACCCUCUAUAGCAAAAUUACUGCAGCAGAGUUCUCCUGUCCAUAUUGGUUUUCUCCCGAGGCAAAUAAAUUGAUACAAAAGAUACUUGAUCCCAAUCCUAAAACUCGAAUUCGGAUUGAUGGUAUCAGAAAUGAUCCAUGGUUUAAGAAAAAUUAUGCUCCUGUCAAAUAUAGAGAAGAUGAGGAAGUAAGCUUGGAUGAUGUUCGUGCAGUCUUUGAGGAUAUUGAGGAUCAAUAUAUAGCGGAGCGGUCAGAAAUUAAGGAUGGUGGUCCUUUGUUAAUGAAUGCGUUCGAGAUGAUUACCCUAUCCCAAGGGCUAAAUCUAUCUGCAUUGUUUGACCGAAGACAGGAUUAUGUAAAUCGGCAAACCCGGUUUGUUUCCCGCAAACCAGCUCAAGUUAUAAUUUCAAAUGUAGAAGCUGUUGCAGAAUCAAUGAGUCUCAAGGUCCAUACGCGCAAUUACAAGACAAGACUUGAAGGAAUAUCAGCAAAUAGGACGGGACAAUUUGCAGUUGUCCUCGAGGUUUAUGAAGUUGCACCAUCCCUUUUCAUGGUAGAUGUUCGGAAGGCCGCAGGAGAUACUCUUGAAUAUCAUAAGUUUUACAAGAAUUUCUGUGCCAAAUUAGAAGAUAUUAUUUGGAACCCAAUAGAGGGUACGGGGUAGUUCGAACCAUCUUAGAACAAGGACUUGCUGAUCCAUUUCCUUGGGUGUGAAGCAAAUCAGCGAGCAGACCAACAAAGGAAGGCUAUUUCUCUAGGGACAUUUUCUGAAGCUAGUGUGUCCUUCACAUGUUGUAUUUGCUUGUAAUUUUGUUCUGUAAGUCUGUCGUUUCGAUAUUAUUAACCCUGAAAACAUGAAGAAGAAAAAUGUAGCUGAUUUCCGUUGAGAGAUAUCGCCAUGUAUUUAUAGUAUCUGCCGAACAUGAUUCGCAGAAUGUAUAAAUCGUGAAGAUUGUUCAUUUAGUCCACCAUUAUAGCAGUUUCUUAAUGUUUUCAACAAG